AUGGUGCCACCCUUCUACGUGAAGCGCCUCCUACGCUACCCCGGCAUGGUCAUUGCAAACCGCGUCGAUCGGGUAUCAAUCCUCUUCAUCGUCCUUUUGGACUUCGACAAGUACUCGCAAAGCAUGAGUCCUUCGAAGCUUUUCCACUUCUUGAAUGAAACGUUUACCAACAUCGACGUGAUUUGCGCACAGCAUGGCGUGACAAAGAUCGAGACUGUCGGCGAGGAAUACGUUUGUGGGGUUGGCGUUUCGCCAACCGAUCAGGACGAGGAUCACGUGCACGGCCACAGCAACUGCCUGGCCCGUCUCUUGGGCGUGGCUUUCGAGCUUCAGACGAUGUCCGC